CGGCCUCGUCCCGCUCCCGGCGGACGCGAUGGCGCGGAUCACGCUGGAGGACCUGGAGCGGCUGGGCGAGGAGCCCGCGGCCGCCGACGGGGACGGCGGCGACAGCGAGGACGACCAGGAGGGGGAAGCGCGGCUGUUCGCCCACUGGGAGGCCGUGGCCGGCACACACCGAGUGAGCCUGCCCCGAGAGAUGGCAGGCCCGAUCGCCCAGAUGGUCCGGCACAGCCAGGCUCGCGAGCCCGUGCCGUACGUGUCCCUCUCGCAGCACGGGAAGUGUGAGGAAGCGGCCUACGAGGAGCGGCGGUACCCAGCUGGGAAGUGGGCCUGUGUCACCAUGGGGGAGCCCAUGUAUGAGCAGAGCAUCUCCAUGAGCUUCAUGAAGCUCAUGCGCUACAUCUGCAAGGAGAACUCUGUAGGUUGCCAUCUGGGCAUGACAGUCCCAGUGCUCAACGAAAUCCACCUGACCAAGGAGGGGACCGAGCUGGAGCGUGAAGUCCUAACUGCCUAUUAUCUCCCGGGAGCAUUCCAGCAAAACCCGCCCGUUCCCAUGGACCCCGAAAUCCACAUCACCGAGAGGGCACCACUCCGGGUUAUAACCAGGGUUUUCUAUGGCAUGACCACUGAGGAGACAAUUCUGCGGGAAAUCAGUCUCUUCUGGGAGCUCUUGGGCUCCACAGACACGGUGCUGCGGGAAACCUACAUCGUGGCUUCUUACGAGAACCCCAGCAUCCCUCAGCGCCGCAAUGAGAUCUGGUUCAUCUGCCAGACCGAGUGAGUCCCCUCCGCCACAGCAAGCCAGAGCACCACUGGGCCUGGUGUAGAUGGCAGUUCUGACCCAGAGGAGAUGGAGCACGUCCCAACUCGCUAUUCACCCACGCAAUGAGACGCCAAGAGACUGUGGGGUGGGUUUCCAGCCUGCCCUGCAAGGGUCCUGCCGGGGGAAAUCCUGGUCUGCACUUCACCUGCCCCCACAGCUGAGGCUGGAGCUGGCACCAAGGACGACCUCUAGAGCAAGCUCUUGAUGGGAAGCACAUGGUGGGGUCUCAUUAAGGCAGUAACCAUGUGGGCUUGUGCAAUGUGCUAGCCCGGCCUGCACUGGGCUUGCCGAGCUGUGCCAAGGAGGCUAGUGGGUCUAGUGGUGGACAGCAUCACAAGGUGAUGGUGUCUGGAAAGCAAAUGACUGUGUACAAGAUGUGGGGCUAAGUGUAGCCUCUGGCAUGCUUCCUGUCCCGAACAGAGCCACGGAAAUGCUGCUAUUGAGACAGUUGGGUUCAAAGGGGAAAAGGGCUUAGAUUCAGGUGUGAAUCCUGCGUGUUUCUUGCUGGGGUGGUUCUCUUUGGACUUUUGGGUGCUUCCCUGGCUGUCACUCACCAUUCCUCAGCCAAGACUAAGGCACUGGCAGCCUUUGUCCAUCUGUUGUGGGUGCUGUUUUGCAGACCUGCUGUGAGCUGAGAGGGGCAGGUCCAGAGAGCAGCAGCAGCAGCACUGUGUGUUGUGUUAUGCAUUGAUUAGUGAGUUUCACAUCCAUGAAGACCAUUGUGCUUUCCUGGGGGAAGCUGCAGUGCUAUCAGUAAAUAAACCCAGCUCAAACCAC